AUGGCUUAUUACUGGAGUCAAUAUUUUGCUAGAGACGUAGCAGUCUUCUGGGACGUAGUUGAGUGCCCGAUCUCUGAUGGGAAAACGGUUGGUGAUGUCUCUGGUAGUAUCAAGAAAGCCCUGAAAGAUGUUGGUUUUGUUGGUACGGUUUCGAUCAUUGCUUAUGGCCAAACUUCCGACAAGCAGAAAGAGUUUGACUCCGCUGGAGUCCCCUACAUCCACGUGGAGGAGGAGUCUAGAGCGAAAAAAAUUACACUCGGUAUUUGGAAGUGGAUAAUCGACCACAGAAUUUUAUUCUCGGCUGCAACUAAAGUUUGGUAUUGGCCAACCUUACAGACGGGAGGAGAGCCUAUCAUCAAAAGCAAGCAAGAGGACCUCGUAAAAGUAGCCUUCGAUGAUGACGUUGAAGAAAAAUGA